UACUUGUAACUGGCAUGUCUUUUGAUUGAGCUGAAUAUUCCACAAAAUAGAAGAAGAAACGCUGCCAACAUUUGCCAGCUAGCUUUGGCUUUUACUUUUCAGGUGGAAAAUGCAACUGCUAGUAGGAGUGUAGGAGUUGGGACUUGUUGGUGGUAGAAGAUACAGGUAUGUCACAUGCAACUCGGAGCUUACAAUUUACAUAGCGUAUGAGUAUGGUCGCCGAAUCAUUUGGCAGCCGGCAACAGAGUGAAGGAAAUGUCAUCACAUAGCGGCCAGGCAUAGAGAAUCCGCCGUGACUUGGAUAUCCAUCGUUCAGCGGCCCGCCAGCCACGAAAUCCAAAAAGAAUUUACGAGAAAAGCCAGUGACAUCGAGGGAGGCUGUGCGCAGCACGAAACGCCUGGAGAAUUCAGGGCAAUCGCUGGCGUCGAGCUGAUCCCGUUGCGCGAACUGUCAAAGCAUCGAACACCAAGAACCAGAGAUGGAAGCGGAGUCGAACCAGAGCGAAGAAUCAGCGAGUGCCAAUGGCGCGCAGAAGUCCUCCAAUGAGCCAAAGGAGACGAAGAAUCCAGAAGUCGAAGAAUCGCGUCGCGUACGAUCUCGUGAGGCGGCCAAAAGUCGGCGGGACCAGGAGAGUAUCGAGAUCUUCAACCUGUCGCAGCUUCUGCCCGUGCCAAGUCAUGUCAUCGACAGUUUGGACAAGUCCACCAUUCUGCGGCUGGCUUUCAGUGUCCUGCGGGUUGGCGCAUUCCUUGGAAAGAGUACAUUUUCAAAGCCAAAUGAACCGCAGUCACCUCAAGAAGGGUCUGAAGCCAGUGAUAACGUGCAACCGGGCAAAAAGCCAAUCAGCAAGUUCACCCAGAGCAGUGGACUUCUUUCGGCUAUGGGAGCAUUUCUGAUGGUUAUCAGUAGUGAUGGCUGUAUCAGCUACUGCUCUCCGAACGUCCGAACCCUGCUGGGAAUCUGCGACGUGGAGGUGAUGGGAAACAAGAUCAUGGAUUUUGUUGAUCCCGAUGACCUCCACAUCAUCACUCCUCACCUGAAGCGCCUUCACCAGGAUGGCGUCAACCAGGUGGGGGAUGCUGGUGUGAACUGGAAAGACUGGCACAAGCCGGAUCCCAGCAUUGCUGAUGCGGUCGCAGCACCGGGUUCGUGUUCUUUCGCUGUGCACAUGAAGUGCAGCAAUGAGAAGAAGAACAGCAACAAGACGGCUUCAUCGCAUGCGUCUAUGGUCGCCAGCAACAAAUCGCACAGCUACGAGUUGGUACGGUGCCGCGGCCAGUAUUGUCCGCCGGGCAUGGACCUGAACAUGGCCAUCGACACGACACUAUCAUUGCACUCAAUGGUGAUCCUCUGCAAGCCUGUUGUCACCAGUAGCUCUGGGAGCAUGGAGUCCCUUACCAACUGCAUGGCGUUCCGAACUCGGCACAAUUUGGAUUUCAACAUCGUUGAAUGCUACGAUAACAAGCAGGAGGUGUUCACCGGCUACCCUUCGACGUUUCUCAUCGGCCAGAGCCUGUACCAUCUGAUUCACCCCGAAGAUGCCAAGCAACUGGAACAGAAACACAGAACACUGGUGAACGAUGGCGAUGAGGACAGCAUCACCAUGUACCUGCGCUACAUGCUGCCCAACUCCAACAACCUGUGGGUGCAGAUGGUGGCGAAUCUGGCCAGAUCGGGAAAGACCUCUCGCCCGAUGUACAUCACUGCCACCAACUUUGUCGUGGGAAACGUCAAACAAGACCAGUGGCAUAAUCUGAGCACUGAGCUAUCCAAUCAUCAGGCGUUGGCUGCAGGCACUCAAAGCAGCAGUAGCCUGGCCAGUAAUGCUGAUGAGAGUGAAUCACCUGCCCAAGUCGGCGGCGCCACUCUCGACUUGAGCCGGGCUUUAGUUGGUUCUAGCGAGAACCUUGCACUACCAGAGUCUCAUCCACGCGCUACAAUAUCCCACUUGAGCAGAGUCCCGUCGGAGCAGCAACUGCACGCCGUUCACACACAGCAACAGCAGCAGCGGCCAUCGGAGUUCCGCAGCCUGCUGGAGUCGAAUCCCGGCAACCCCGGGGACCUUGUGUACCAAAGCUACCUGAGCUCCACCAACGCCGCCACAGACUCAGAGCUUGAUAGGCAAUCUGAUGCUAAUCCCCCGGCUGCCAAACGACCCAGGAAGGAAUCCAACGCUUCCUCCCUUGGCCACCUGCACACUUCGCUGAGAUCCAGUCUGAAUGUCAAUUCGGGAGAUCUUGUAUCACCCGACUCGGUUUUCUCCCCGGAGGUCUUCUCCGAGCUCUCGUCACAAGCGCAGGCGUCGUUGUUGGCACUUGCACGUCCUGCUAGCAUGACUGUGCAAUCACCCAUGCUGCCCUCUCCAGUCGGUGCUGCAAGACCAGUAUUGGUAGCGCAAUCCCCGCGGGAAUCCAACGUAACUGGCCUGUCAUUCGCACAAGCCAUGCCAAGACCACCUGCAGCAGCAGCAGAAGCAGCGGCCGCAGCUUUCAACGCUGCCUUGGCACGUCAGCUACAGACUCCCGCUGCCGCCGCGACCAUCUCCACCAUGGCCACUUGCAUUUCUGCACCGUCUGCCGCCGCUACUGCUGGCACUGUGGGAUCAGCCGGAGCAGGGCUUCUUAGCAGCCCGCAUUUCAGCAGAAGCAUGCUAGUCCCAGCACCAGCCAUGUCAACUCACUUGAUCCCAUCACCUAUAGCUGUAGCCGGCCUGACCACAGAUGCUAUUCUGGCCUCUGGCAUUCCGACAUCUGCUACAUCCGGCUCAUCGCUUCCUGGUGCUGCGGAAUCUGGCACCUUUACCCAUCUGCUGAGCAGCCUGGAAAGGCCACACGAGGAUUGGCAAUCCGACAUGUAACGACGCCACUAUUGUUCUUGGUCUGCCUGGCUGAUUGCAGUCAUAGACGUCAGCAGCACAGCUCGUGUAGCACCUGCACACCCAUUGUUGUGUUGUUGUCUUGUCUUGUCUCCCCUUCUUCCGUAGGUAACAACAAAACACGUAGUCCGUCAGAAUGAAGAAUACCUGAAACUUGCCAGUCUCGUUGCUACUCAGUCUUGUUAUAUAACGUUCGCAUUCCGAGCAACGAUGCAGUGUGCUUGUCGUAGACUUCCCCUUGCAGUUCUUCUGUUUCGAACUGUUUACUGUCUGCUUUGCACAAACUCGUCGUGGUCGGCUGAGCUACCUAACUAACUGUACAUCAUGUGGUACACUGGUUCACUGUAUGGUCAUGAUACUUCCUGUCUCUUCGUUGAUACCCAUCCCCAGUCACAGUCUGGUUGAUGGUAAGUCACAUAUAUAACUGACUUUGAUUCUUCACUGAUACGCCAUGGCCUGAUGACCCAAUAUAGAGGUUGGCUUUUUUUCUCUUUGAGUUUGAGUGUAAUUGCAGCGUGUUGUAGAUGUGAUUAUUAUGAGUGUUCCUGAAUACAGUGUACAAUCAUCAUAAGGAGAUGCAGUUUUGACUUUGUUUUGAGUGAUGCAAUAUGCUCUUUGGUUUCUUUCGAUACGUGCUGAUCUGUUGGGCAAUGUUUUUCAUGCUGUGCUGAGUUUGUUGUUUGAAGAUAUUGGUCGCUUGCAUUUGCAUGCAUUCUGAUGCACAUUCUCGCUUUGAUCUGCGAUAUACAAGCACAAACAUGUUAUAAAAGUGUCAUGCAAGUGAUAGUAGUGGUUGGGCUCUCGUCGAUUCAAAUUCGUUAUUUGUCGUGCUAAUGCGAGUUGAAUAAUGCAAAUAUAGAAAACAUUUCACACCUCUG